GCGGGUAAGCGGCAGGACAACAAGCCACCCUGAACCCAGGGGAGUGGACUUUGCCCCGGCAGCCUGUCACGGUGGGACAGGGACGCUGCACUCGGCCACGCCAUGGCGAGCCCACUCUGCCUCGUCCUGCUCAGCGCCUGCCUGGCUGGCCUCCUGCAGCCUGGGGACAGCGUGUUUAUUGACCGGGAACGUGCCAGCAGCGUCCUGGUGAGGGUCAAGAGGGCAAACUCGUUUUUAGAAGAGAUGAAGAAAGGGAACCUUGAAAGAGAGUGUAUGGAAGAGACGUGCUCAUACGAAGAAGCCCGAGAGGUCUUUGAAGACAACGAGAAGACGAAUGAAUUCUGGAAUAAAUACAAAGACGGCGACCAGUGUGAAAGGGACCCCUGCCAGAACCAGGGCCUGUGCACGGACGGGCUGGGGGAGUACACCUGCACCUGCCAGGAGGGCUUCGAAGGCAAAAACUGCGAACUGUUCACACGGAAGCUCUGCAGCCUGGACAACGGGGACUGUGACCAGUUCUGCCGCGAGGAGCAGAACUCGGUGGUGUGCUCCUGUGCCAGUGGGUACACCCUGGGCGACGAUGGCAAGUCCUGCAUCUCCACAGAGCCAUUCCCCUGCGGGAAGCUUACACUGGGGCGCAGGAAGAGGUCAGCGCCCCAGGUCGUGCCUGAAGCCACCACGUGGGAGCCGGUUGACCUGUACCCCACGGAGAACCCCUUGGACCUGCUUGACCUCAACCAGACGUACCCAGAAGAGGACGGCAGCAACCUCGUCCGCAUCGUGGGCGGCCGGGACUGCAAGGAGGGGGAGUGUCCCUGGCAGGCCCUCCUGGUCAACGAGGAGAACGAAGGGUUCUGCGGAGGCACCAUCCUCAGCGAGUUCUACGUGCUCACCGCGGCCCACUGCCUCCACCAAGCCAAGAGGUUCACCGUGAGGGUGGGGGACCGGGACACGGAGAAGGAGGAGGGCGACGAGACAGCGCACGAGGUGGAGGUGGUCGUGAAGCACAACAGGUUCGUGAGGGAGACCUACGACUAUGACAUCGCCGUGCUGCGGCUGAAGACGCCCAUCGCCUUCCGCGUGAACGUGGCCCCCGCCUGCCUGCCCGAGAAGGACUGGGCCGAGUCCACGCUGAUGACGCAGAAGACGGGCAUCGUGAGCGGCUUCGGGCGCACCCACGAGAAGGGCCGCCCGUCCUCCACCCUCAAGAUGCUGGAGGUGCCCUACGUGGACCGCAACACCUGCAAGCUGUCCAGCGGCUUCACCAUCACCCAGAACAUGUUCUGCGCCGGCUACGACGCCAGGCCCGAGGACGCCUGCCAGGGGGACAGCGGGGGCCCCCACGUCACCCGCUUCAAGGACACCUACUUUGUGACGGGCAUCGUCAGCUGGGGAGAAGGGUGCGCCAGGAAGGGCAAGUACGGCGUCUACACCAAGGUCGCCACCUUCCUCAAGUGGAUCAGCCGGUCCAUGAAAACCCAGGGGCCGCCGCGGCCCACGGCCACCCCCCCGCCUCCCGGGUCGGCACACCCCCCCCAUUAAAGAUCCCGGCAGGCGGC